AUGCACGAGAAUCAGGGCGUCGCGAAGGAAUACAUAAACGACAAAGAGGUAAGCCAAGUCGUAGCCGCCAAAAAAUGGCAGCACGGCAGCACAGCACCUCGACAUAAACCCCCACCAAGAGAAAACCAGAAGGAACAUCCCCAGCUGGCAAACGUAAACCGACCUCCCAGAGUUGGAAAAUUCUCUAACUACACCCCUUUGACAGCCCCGAUCAUCGAGAUAUACCACCAAAUAGCAGACCGAGAUAUCCUCCCGAAGGCCCGACAACUCAAGGAAAGAACAGGCGGCAACAAAACCCUAUACUGUGACUACCACCGAGGAUACGGACACAGGACACAAGAUUAUUUCGACUUAAAACACGCCAUCGAACAAGCUAUACGAGACGGCAAGCUCCCCGAGUUUGCCAAAAUCAUCAAAGAACCGAAAUGCACAGAAAGAGAAAGAUCACCAGAGAGAGAAGGACGCGACCCGAGGACACAAAGACAAGCCCCCAGGGAAAGCCCAGAGACAGACCCGGCUAUAAUCGUGAACGUCAUUACAGGCAAGGACAUCCCGAGAAAGUCAAAAUCGGCGAUCAAAAAGGACCUCAAAAUCUUGGUAGUUAGAAACCAAACCCCAGCUAUCACCACUAAUAAUAUGAUAACAUUCUCUCCCAAGGACUUCCAAUACGGCACCUCGGCAGAAGACACCCCCUUCGUUAUCUCAGCAAAGAUUGGAACCGGGCUGGUCAGAAGGAUACUAGUAGACACAGGAGCAGAUUCCAACAUCCUCUUCAGAGGAGCCUUCGAUAAGCUCAGACUCCGCAAUGAAAUCCUCCAAACACACCGCAACGGAGUAACCGGACUCAGAGACAACUUCCUCAAGCCGGACGGUUCCAUCGUCCUCCCCCUGACCAUAGGGGCAGGGAACCAAAGGAAGACGAUUCUAUCCGAGUUCGUGGUCCUCAAAGACUCCACCGCCUACAAUGUUAUCCUCGGAAGAAAAACAAUCAGCGACCUCUCCGCCGUCAUCUUCACCAAAUUCUUACUCAUGAAGUUUAUUGCAAAAGAUGGCUCCAUCGGAACAAUCCACAGAGACCGGGAAAUCGUGGCAGAAUGCGACAACACCAGCCUGACUCUACAGAAAUGA